GUGCUCUUUGUUUCUUCCACUCUUUCAAACUCUCAUCAUGUUUAGUUCGAAUUGCUGGGUGACCACAGCUUUGGCUGCUGUGGGUCUCGCUUUUAUUGGCUACCGAGUCUUGACGCUGCUCAAAACGCUGCUUGAACUCUACGUCCUCAAAGGCAUUUCCCUCAAGAAAUUUGGCGCAGGUCAAGGUGCCUGGGCAGUGAUAACGGGCGCAACCGACGGUAUUGGCAAAGAAUUCGCAGCUCAACUAGCUAAGCACAAGUUGAACGUGUUAUUGGUGUCGCGUACUCAAAGUAAACUCGACGCAGUUGCUCAACAGUUGAUUGAUGAGCAUCACGUCGAGGUCAAGACAUUUGCUUUGGAUUUCACGGUAGGCAACGAUGCCGAUUUCCAACGUUUGGGUCAAGUUAUCAACGGUUUAAAUGUUGGCGUUCUCGUCAAUAACGUCGGCACCAACCAUGAAAUUCCUACUCCUUUUGCCGAGGAAGAUGAAAAGUUGAUUAAUGAUAUUGUUGAAGUGAAUAUCAAGGGCGCUUUGAAAAUGACACGUCUGGUUUUGCCACAUAUGCGUGAAAAACGUUCUGGUUUGAUCUUGAACUUGGGCUCCUUUGCUGGUUUGGUGCCUACACCUUACUUGUCCGUGUAUUCGGCCGGCAAGGCUUUCUUAUCGACGUGGUCCCAGGCCAUUGGCAAGGAAUUGGCCAAGGAUGGCAUUGUCGUGGAACACUUAAACACUUACUUUGUCGUUUCCGCCAUGAGCAAGGUCCGCCGACCUACGUUGGCCAUUCCCUUGGUCAAGCCUUACGUUUCCAGUGCUCUAUCCAAGAUCGGCUUACGCUGCGGUGCCAAUAUCCCCUUUACGUCCACACCGUAUCAUAUCCACGGAUUAAUGAACUGGGCUAUUAAUACCAUUGGCACCAACGGUUUCUGGGUGAAUCAAAACUUUGCCAUCCAGACCGAUAUCCGCCGACGCGCUUUGCGCAAACGCGAGAGAGAAGCUGCCGCCCUCAGAAAAUCGGACUAACUUUGUGUGAAGAAACAAAUAUUUAUAUGUUUUGGG